AUGCCAAUCCGUCCUUUCGAUGAAUGGGCUGUGGGCCGCACCCAGUCACUCCCCCUCUCGGCCCUCAAGAAUGCCGUCGUCGGUAUCGAUGCAUCGCACUACAUCAACCAGCACCUGACCAAUGUCACCACCCGCGAGGCUCUGUUGGGCGCGCUGGGUGGCUUCCCAUUUGCCCUGCGUCACAACAUCGAGAAGGAGCUUCAGACAUUGAAGAACCUCGGGGUCGGCUGCAUAUUUGUCUUCAAUGGCCUGGAUUUUGGCAAGAAGGACAACCGAACUGCUCCUCAGUCAGCGACCCGCUCCUUCGAACAGGCCUGGGAGCUGUACGACAAACAGCAAGCUGAUCAGGUCGUGGACGCCUUCAGCAAUGCCGGUACCCCAUCCCCAGAAACCCUCUACAAGUUCCUCCAGCGCAUCCUGAACCAGAAUGGUGUCUCCUUCAUGGUCGCCCCGUACAGCGCAGCUGCUCAGCUCUCCUACCUCGCCAGUGGAUCCAACCCCGUGGUUGAUGCAGUCUACGGACCAUCCGAGGCCCUGCUGUUCAACCUGGAAAAGCUGGUGACUUCUAUCGAAACCGAACCCGCACAAUUCACCUGGAUCGCAAAGCAGAACGCACAAGAAGAACUCGGCCGCCUGACAAACGAACAAUUCCUCGACUUUUGUCUCCUUUUGGGCUCUCCGUUUCUGCGAUCCUGCCCGCUGUUUGAAAACCCCGCCUUCCCAGGAAAGAACCCCACGGUCCGCGAUGCUUUGCCCAUGUUUAAUUCGGCUGGGCGUAACGGGCUGGCAUUGUGCGCCCAUUUCGAGGAUGACCGUCGUAUGCAGGAGCUGCAAUACACCGACCAAUACAAGCGCGCAUACUUGGUUGUGAAACACCACGUAUACAUGGAUGCUGAUGGUCGUGUUGGCCCGAUGGAUCAAGACCAUACCUCCUCGGAUAUGCAUGAGCUCAUCGGUCAAAGACUCCCCGAGGAGCUGUACUUCUACCUGUCCCGAGGUAUCUUGGGCCCUGAUGUUCCCAAUUACCUGACAACGGGUGAAGUCCGCAUCUCUUUGCCCUUGGGUACUGGAGACACGGAGGUUUACCGUCAGCUAGUGGGCGACACCCUCACACCAAUUCGAUCGCAGUCGAUCUGCUUGCUCGCCAACUCCCUUCACCGAUUCUAUCAGACCAAAGUUAUUCAGAUUCGCCCCUGGUUUGAUGAGAAAUCAGAUAGAAACAUCAAUCUCAAGAGCAUCCCGUCCGUCAAGGAAACCAUCCAGGCCUGGAAGGUCCCCAGCGCCCAAUUGCCCGAAAGCGUUAAGAAGCUCCAAAUGCCCCGCGGGUCAUUCAAGUUUGCUAUCCAAAGCGUGACCACCUCGGACUUUGCGUCGAAGUCAUUUGCCAACAAAGAAACUCCUGCUCUGUCAACACAAGAGGACAUCCAGUCCAACGUGAUGUGGCGCUUCUUGCAAUUGCGCGGUUAUGUUGAUGAGAAGCACAAGCUAACCGUGUGGGGCAAGUGUCUCGAACAAGCGCUGUUAAAUGUGGAUCCCGCAGAUAACCUUGAAGACGCUAUUGUGAUUGCAAUCGAGAUGCUUCGCAUGGAUCUUCUCAACACCAAGGAAUGGUUCUCUCACGUAUCCGGUGGACCGAUGAGAGGGUCGGAGGAGGACAAGUCUUUCAACAUGUUGGUUUCUCGUGUUGCUUGCAUUGCGAAGUUGCAGCACAAGCCUAUUGGCUACUCCGGUCCUCUGAGUCGACAGCUCCUUUGCUACCGUUCUCUCAUCUCCGAAGUGCGCUCUGCUCUGAGGAAUCUGAUUGAAGUGGUUUUGGCUGGUCUGCUCCUCAGUGGCGACGCCGACCGGGAGCGUAAGGACUGGACUGAACUGGGAACCAAGCUACCAUUUAUUGACGAUAACGACUGCGGUCUUGGCAUUGCUGUUCGCACCUACUUGGAUGAUCUCCCUCUCCAGACGAACCCUACCUCGCCCGAGGCUCGAGCGGAGGUCAAGGCGAAGGGCAAGGAAUGGUUUCAGCACAGCGAAAGCUUCAACGGAAAUCUGGAUCUGGCAUUUAAGCUCUGGGAUGCGAUUUACAAGGGUACGCAAAGCGGCGGCAAAGAGGUCAAGGACGCGAAGUUGUGGAGUGACGCGAACAAGUGGCUGUCGGAGCGCCGAUGA